AACUCCCUGUAGCCCCGCUCACGCCGCGGGCGUCGCCGACUGCUGUCGUAGCCCUCCGUAGCGCGGGGAAUUUCGAGUGGUACUGGAGCGCGGGAGGCCAGUGGGUGGUGGACCCCCCAUACUCCUUAGGGGGGAUCAUGGACUCCCUAGUCGAGCCUCGGUGGCCUCCGGCCCUGGCAGUCAUGAAGACAGUAGAUGAUUUGUUGCGGUGUGGAAUUUGCUUUGAAUAUUUCAACAUUGCAAUGAUGAUUCCUCAGUGUUCACAUAACUACUGUUCUCUCUGUAUAAGAAAAUUUUUGUCCUAUAAAACACAGUGUCCAACUUGUUGUGUGACAGUCACAGAACCGGACCUGAAAAAUAACCGUGUAUUAGAUGAUCUGGUAAAAAGCUUGAAUUUUGCACGGAAUCAUUUGUUGCAGUUUGCCUUAGAGUCAUCACCCACUUCUCCUGCUUCAUCCUCUUCAAAGAACCUUGCUGCCAAAGUACACAGUCCUGUAGCCUUCAGACAUUCUUUAAAGCAAGGAAGCAAGUUAAUGGAGAAUUUCUUGAUCAGAGAAACUGAUGGUUCUACAUCACAGUUUUUGCUAAAAGAGAGUGAAAGCAAAUUCAGCCCUCGAAAAGAGGUCAGCACUUCUGUAAAGACCAAAGAGACACCUUCUGUAUUAAAGACAGCUCCAGGCAUCGCCAAUGCUAAGGUUCCUGAGGCACCCUCUACAUCAACUUUGAAACAAGUUGCUAAAGUGGACUGUCCUGUUUGCGGGGUUAAUAUUCCAGAAAAUCACAUUAAUACGCACUUAGACAACUGUUUAUCACGUGAAGAGAAGAAGGAAAGCCUCAGAAGUUCUGUUCACAAAAGGAAACCGCUGCCCAAAACUGUCUAUAACUUGCUCUCAGAUCGCGAUUUAAAGAAAAAGCUAAAACAAUAUGGAUUAUCUAUUCAAGGAAAUAAACAACAGCUCAUUAAAAGGCACCAAGAAUUUGUACACAUGUACAAUGCCCAGUGUGAUGCUUUGCAUCCUAAAUCAGCUGCUGAAAUAGUUCAAGAAAUUGAAAAUAUGGAGAAGACUAGGAUGCGUCUUGAAGCUAGUAAACUCAAUGAAAGUGUAAUGGUUUUUACAAAGGACCAAACAGAAAAGGAAAUAGAUGAAAUUCACAGUAAAUAUCGUAAAAAACAUCAGAAUGAAUUUCAGCUUCUGGUGGAUCAGGCCAAAAAAGGAUACAAGAAAACUGUUGGAAUGUCAAAAAAAAAAGUAACAAAGAAAGAUGAAUCUACAGAAAAACUAUUAUCCAUAUGCAUGGGACAGGAAGAUAAUAAAAUGAAAUUCUCAGAUAUGUCCUUGGUAACAAACCACUUCCCUCAGUCAAAGGUGGACUCUCCGGGGAAACUGGAACCUGAUAGACCUGACGAUUCUUCUAGUUGUACUGAUAUUCAAGAAACUCUUUCUUCACCAGAAUCAGAUUCAUGCAAUAGAAAUGAUCUUCAGGACACAGAAAUAAGUCCAGGACACAAUCGUCGCACAAGAUCAGCUGAAAGUGCCGAGAUCGAGCCUAGAAAUAAACGGAAUAGGAAUUAGUGUGGGCUUUGGCUGACUUUUCCAAUGCAGUGAUCAGAAUAUGAUACUUUUUGUUGCCAUAUAGAUGUCAUAUUUAUAAGUGCCCAGGUGAAGAUUUUAAGUUCUAAAUAUUAUUUUAAACUGAUUUUCAUUCUCUUCUGCCUUUCCAGAAAAAAAAAAAUUACAAAACAUCCUCACUUGGUCAGUUACCCCCUGCCUCUAAAACAUCUCUCUAAAAAUAACUGACAAAGUUCACCAGCUUUGCAGAGUACACAGAUUUUUUGGCAGAGGUGUUUUAUUUGGUUUUAUUUCUAGAAUUCAUAGUGUCUUUAAGCCAUUCUCCUUCUCUUCCAUGGAGAAACCAACUUCAGAAAAGGAUUCUUCAACCUGCCUACUACAAGUUACAGUUGAGUUAAGGCCUCUUUAUUUUUGGAGAGGCAGGAUGUCAUAACUCAUAUCCUUGGUGUGUGUAAGUACCGAAUGCCUGGAUUCCACCAUGCCCGUUAUAGCAGUUAGGUGAUGGCUGUUGCCCAAGUUUAAGAUAGUUGUUAGACCCAUGUCUUAUGCGUUACUCGGAAUAGGAUGUUAGUAUUAUAAUUUAAAGUUACAUUUAAAGUUAAUUUAAACAAUAACUUUAAAACAUUGAGCAUAGUUUCUGGAAACGGCACUUAAAAAUUAUUAUUGUUAGUCUUUCUUUUCACUUGGGUAAAUCGAUUUUGAACACUUUGAAUUCCAGCUAUUAAAAAGAAUACAAAAUAAAUGAAUUUAGUAAAUGAA